ACCGCGCCGCACGGUACGUCAAACAAUUCCGUGACUGUUCCUCUACGUCACACGUAAACGAACACACGCGCACCGAAUAAACUGUGCGCACGAAAAAUAUUUUCCCAUUCAAAAAAAAAAAAAGCCGUGACACGAGUCAUUGAGACACAAGUUACCGUGUGCCCGCAGUGAUACGUGAAUAAUCCCAAGUGACUCAUUGUUUUUAAUGUGCUACCCUCGUGUGCUGAACAAUCAAAGCCCUCGGUGAUUUGAUAUCGCUGUACGUCACACACACCGAUACAGUGAUAAGUUGACGCGACAAGUGUCGCGGGUACUGUACAGGCGGAACCGGUAAACCAUACUGUAUAUAUUUUCCAUCAGUUGCGUAGAACCCGGUGUUAUGUAACAGGCACACACGACAGACUGCAGUAUCCGAGGAAAUAGAAAAACAAAAACUAGCCGCCCGUGGGAGUGUUUCCGGGCAUUUUUGUUACUCGUGCAAGAAUUUAAAAAAAAAAACCUAUCGAGUUAAUUGUGCCUGCCCACACAUUGCCGUCUAUUUCGCAACAGAGACAGAGAGAGAGAAAGAGAGAGAGACAGUGUUAUUCAGCGCGAGUGAAGGAAAGUCGGAAUAUAACCCGUGUGUGUAUAAAAGCCGGAAAUCCUGAAGUGGACCUGAUGGUGCGAAGUUUAACGAUGGAGGCGACGUUCUACGAUGAGGUGACAGUAUACGGUAGUUGCAAUAGGGACAACGUGGUCCAGUUGAAGAGAAAUUUGACCCUGGACCUAAACGGCCAUCGUCAGGGGCCACAGGCGAAAAGGCCGAGGCUGGGACCCCUGCCCCUGACGCUCAACAAUUCAGCCCCCGUUCUGAGCUCACCGGAUCUCAACAUGCUGAAACUCGGCUCACCGGAGUUGGAGAAGCUCAUUAUCGCCCAGCAGGACGGUCUUGUGACGACAAUGCCCACACCCAAUCAAAUUCUCUUCCCCAAGACUGUUACCGAGGCUCAGGAGCUCUACGCACGUGGCUUUGUUGAUGCCCUCAAUGAGCUCCAUCACUCAGACAGUUCGCAGGAGCCCGGAAGCAUUCACGGCGCAACGUACACAAAUUUGGAGCCUCCAAGCUCGGUUCAGAGCACGGAAUCACUGUCCCAGGGACUCCUCAUGAUCAAGGACGAGCCCCAGACUGUACCAAGUGUAUCGAGCUCACCCCCAAUGUCCCCCAUUGACAUGGAGAACCAGGAGAAGAUCAAGCUCGAGAGGAAGAGACAGAGAAAUCGUGUUGCUGCCUCCAAGUGCAGGAGACGCAAAUUGGAGAGAAUCUCCAGGCUUGAGGACAAGGUCAAGUUGCUCAAGGGUGAGAAUACAGAGCUCAGCAGUGUUGUUCACAGGCUCAAGGAGCACGUGUGUCGGCUCAAGGAGCAGGUCAUGGAUCAUGUGCACUCUGGCUGCCAAAUGAUGUCCGUGUCUGGACAAUUUUGAAGCUCUUGGGGGGAGUGAUUCCUUGAUGAAUGGGGAACAACACUCGAGCCUUGAGUAGAUCGUGAGGAAUUCUGAAUCUCUUCUUCGGGGGAUGUUUUGGGGGUUUCUCGGUGAUCAGCGCCACGUGGAGGGUAACAGCGGUUGUUAUGCAUGGCGAAUACACCCUGAGGGAAUCUGGGAGUGCCUUUGAGUGCUGUGUUGAAGAUAUGGACAACUAAAUUUGUUAAUGGAGGUGUGUUAUGAUGGAGUCCACGCACGUCCACGAUAGCGUUGUUGACGUCGCUUGUCUGGUGGGAGGAGCACCGGAGAGGAGCGAAAGGCGAAAAAAUAUAUUCGUGGGGGGAUUAGGGGGGGGAGCUACAGUGGCCAUUUUGGAGAACAUCCGAGAGCGCGGCAAUUUUGAAUCGUCCAGGGACUCUAAUUCAAUCAUUUUUUGGAGGAGAGAUGAAUGAACCCCCUUCAAUCGUCAAUAUAUUGAAAUUGGCUGAGUGAAAAUUGACGAUUUCUUUUUCAAUUUGAAGGUAUUUUUUCGGGGUUUAAAAUGAAAUUUGAUUUUUACAAAUUGGAUCGCUGGAUCGAGAGAUAUUGGGGAGUUGAGGGGAUUCAUUCUUUCCUCACUUGAUAUUGUCAAUUCUUUUUGAUACUUCUUUGUUUCUCAGGGCCGGCGUUGCUCUUUGUUCUUGUUUGGAUUAAUUAUCUGGUUGAAUAACAGUUUUUCGUCGUUGUACGAUUUAAUUGGAAACGCCGUUAUUUAUCAUUUGUGCAUCUAGUCUUGUCCAGUAUGAACAUGUUUAACUUAUUAUCCAUCCAUGCACAUUUAUUAUUUUUUUUUUCGGGAGAAAUGUGAGAUGUUACGCUGACACUGGGUCAAUUUUACCUGCUACUAAGCGCUCGUGCGCAUCGACUAUAGUUUUUUGUACCAUAAAUCGUUCUUUUUUGGGGGUUGAGACGGUAUUUUUUACUGAACAAUGAACUGUUCGUUGACCCCGGAGGCCCGAGCGAAAUUUAAUGUUUUGUACGAACGAAAAAAAUGUAUUAUUAUUAUUACGAUUUGAUGGAACGGGUCAAAGGUUCUAGCUGUUCAUAACGAGGUACCGUCUUCGCGCCCACACUCGUUGCAUAGAGAAUAAUAGUCGUAAAGUAGGUAAGUUUAGCCGUAUUUGACCUUCAUUUUUGAUUAACGAGUAGCCCGCAUUUUUUUUUCGUCGCAGUCUCACACACGAAUGUAACACACACUUGAUCUGCCUCCCAAGAUUUUUUAGAAGCCUCCCCCCCUCUCUUCAUUUAUUUUUUUUAUUUUCAUCUCUUUUUUUUCGUUGUAUCCUUGAGGAGCCAGACCGAGCAGUAUUUCUUUUUGUUCCUCUUUUUCGCUCCCUCCUACUUAGAUUUGAUGAAUUCUAAAUUCCGAGGACAUCCGGAUUUUGUUUUCUUUUCAUUUUUCGAUUCUCAUUAUGGCAGUCCAUUGUAAAUUUAUGAAAUUUUUUUUAUUCGUUACGAAGUUUUUGGAUAAUUGCACGAGUGCAAUCAAGGUGUGACUCUCUCUUUGGUACUGUUAUUACUCCGAGAAGUAAAUAUUAAGUGAUUUUUGUUUAGUAAUUGAAGAAGAGGUCUCCACAAUUGUGCCCCAUUUGUAUUAAUUUCAUUUCUUUUUCUAUUCUCGUGUUAAUUUAUUUACAUUGCCAAUGAUAAAAAAAAGACGUUGCAAUAUUUACUGGAGUAAAUCGUGCAAUUUCAGUUGAGUUAAGAGAGUUCGUACAUAGCCGACCUUGGAGGCCCCUUUAUCCGAACGAGCGUUUUGCAAGAGUAACCAGUGCGUAUGAUUUUUGUUUGAAUUUUCUUGUUUAAAAAAGAAUACCAACUCAAUGCGAUGAACGGGGAGAUAAUUUCCCCCGUUGAGUGUAGAAUUUCACGAGCUCGGCUAUAUAUUUGUUGCCAAUGCAAUCCAGUCCGUACAGUGUGCCUUUUUUUUUCAUGACGAAUGCAAAGCGAAUAUGAUUGAAAUAACAAAAUUCAUUCUCCUUUGAAGCAAAACGAAAUUCAAUCUCGUUAGAGUUGAAGAAAAAUUGAUAAUUAAAAAUGUGCAGAGUUUACAAAACAAAUGGAAAAUGAUACGCUCUCACUGAUAGAAAAACAAAUGUUGCACAAACGAAAAACGUAUGAAAGUAAAUCUAAAAUUAAUGAAAACCACUUGUGAUUUAGUUUGUAAGUGAAAACCCCAUUAGACUAUAGUUUUUAUGGUGAUUAAAACUGUAAUUUUCAUGGGAAACUAAAAUUAUGACACCAUAAUAGUUGCAUAACACUAUUCAUAAUGAGAGUACAUAUUACUAUAUUACGUAAUAAUUAUUGAAUAUAAAAAUAUAUGUUAUAUAUCGAGAAAGCUGAGAAGAACUCUUUUUUUACGAAUAAUUUUAUUUUUGAAUGAAACAAUGAUGAAAAUAAAAUUCACUAUAUUACACA